AUUCAGCCGCUGGUUCAGUGAUUCAUCCUUUUCCUCACCUCCACCACCAUUCUCAUUCUUCAUCAUGAAUUUUAACAAUCCUGCCCAAUUAUUUGCUCAGCUGGCCGGAGGCCUUCCUUAUGCCCAGCCCGGUCAUAAUCCACCAUCCGCCUACGAUGAGUACCUUAGAGCAUAUAGCGUGGCGAUGCUGCCAGGACGAGAACGAGAGAAUGUCUCUUACGGUGGCAAGAUCAUAAUGCCCCCGUCGGCUCUUGCAAACCUUACAAAUAUGGAUCUAGAAUCGCCUUGGAUGUUCCAACUGCGUAAUCCCACUAACCCCGCCGCCUCCACCCACGCAGGUGUGCUCGAAUUCAUAGCACAAGAAGGCGUCGUUCAUUUGCCUUAUUGGAUGAUGAAGACUUUGCAUUUGAGUGAAGGUGACCCUAUUCGAAUUACUGGGGCAGAACUACCUAAGGGCAAGUUUGUGAAGCUGCAAGCACAGACCGUCCACUUUUUGGAGAUUUCUGACCCUAAAGCCGUACUUGAGCAAGCCCUACGCAAUUUCUCAGCAUUGACACAAGGCGAUAUCAUUGAAAUAUGCUAUAACUCUAUAAUAUUUGGGCUUCUUGUCAUGGAAACCAACCCAGGUGGCGAAGGAAUCAGCGUUCUAGAUACCGAUCUUGAGGUUGAUUUUGCUGCACCUGUGGGAUAUGUUGAGCCCGAGAGACCAAAGGCAGCCCCUCCCUCCACCAUGGCGUCGAAGCUCAAAAUCGAUCUCGACUCCGCUUCCCCAGGUUCUUCGCGACCUGGAUCGUCAUUGAGUGGUGGGUUUGCUGGUACGGGUGCUGGAUCCACUGCGGUCAGCAAGGAUGGUGACCAAUGGGAGAGUUUUAAGGGUAAAGGUGAAACUCUGGGUGGACGGAAGACGAAGGGAAGAGGUAUCAGUCACCGAAAAAUUGAAGAAGUAGCAGAAGGAAGCAAGAUCAUAAGAUCAGAUAAACACCGUAUCGUGUCGAAUAGCACUCUGGACUCUGAUAUUAAAGUCCCGGCCGCUUUGAAUCUGCCUUUCGGCAAGCUGUUCUUCGGGUUCAAUGUAACACCAUAUGUUCCUCCAGCAGUUCCGCCAUCCUCGAAUUCCUCUGUAGCGAGGUCCCAGGCAAGUCAAACUGAUACAUCUUUCCGCGGUUCUGGGCAGACGCUAACAGGUAGAGCUGCUGGGCAGUCUUCGGCUCCAACGUCCAAGGGUAAAGAAAAGGCCAGGGAAGAAAAGUCUUCGUCGACGUCUUGGAGCGCCCUAGGAUCUGGUCAAACUUUGGCCAAUCAAGCCCCCAGGGAGCCGGGUGUUGUCGGUGCUGGAGGCGUGAGAGUAUCUCGUAUACCACGGAGAAAUAAUGCGGCGCCGGAGCAGCAGAAAGCCAGGAGUCCAUCUCCUGAUUGGGGUGUGGAUGAUGACGAUGUUAUCAUGAUUGACAGUGACUAGACUGAAUUUGUAUGUAUAAGAGCCUAUUUCUUGUCGCGUCUAGACCAUGCUAGAGAGAAGAAAUGAAGAGAAAAUGAUCAAG